AUAUAAAGCGAUAAAAAAUAAUUGAAAACUCUCGAUGCAUUUUAAAUGUUAUUGUGAUCGCCAUGGCUGAAUGUUGUUUGUUUAAUUUCGUAAUGUAUUUAAUAAAAUCAUUUUUAUGGUUUUACGUAAACAUAAUAUGAUAGAUCUGUGAUUACGGAUAAUCCUUCGAGGAUACCUGCAGUUGUGCGCAUGCGUUUUAAAAAUUCGUGACGAACGAAAAGAGGAGUUAGUUGAGCUGGGCGCCAGAGCUCCGCGUGGUCAGUUGGAUAGUCGGCGUGACGGUAACAAGAAAGAGGAAGGGUCCAUAAGGCAGGAUAUAAAGAACAAUGGCACUCUUCCGUUUCAGCCCAAAACGUUGUUUGGAAGUUCAGAAACUAACAACAACAGUAUAUCUGAGACAGCUCAGCGAUGCAUCCACCGAUCUGAAAAAAGUGCUAGCUGAAAAGAUUCCGAAGGAACAAGAACGUAUCAAGGCUUUCCGUAAACAACAUGGGAACACCAAAGUUGGAGACGUUACCGUCGACAUGAUGUACGGCGGUAUGCGUGGAAUCAAAGGUCUCGUAUGGGAACCAUCAGUUUUGGAUCCUGAGGAGGGUAUCAGGUUCCGAGGAAAGUCCAUUCCCGAAUGUCAGAAGCUGUUACCUAAAGCAAAUGGAGGCGAAGAGCCUCUUCCGGAAGGUCUGUUCUGGCUGCUGAUCACGGGUGACGUCCCCACGGACGCACAGGUGAAAGCGAUCUCCCAAGAAUGGGCCGCAAGGAGCGCGUUGCCCGAUCACGUCGUCAAAGCUAUCAACAACUUUCCCAAAACUCUCCACCCCAUGACUCAAUUCUCUGCUGCCAUUACUUUGCUUAACAGCGAAAGUGAAUUCGUGAAGGCCUAUACCAAAGGUGUUCACAAGAGCAAGUACUGGGAGACGGUCUAUGAGGAUUCGAUGAACUUGAUCGCGAAACUGCCAGUAGUUGCCGCCGCGAUAUACAGAAACAUUUACAAGGGUGGCAAAGGUCUGGGAUCCGUCGACGCUGGCAAAGAUUGGUCCUGCAAUUUCGCGAACAUGCUCGGUUACGAUAACAAGGAGUUCAUUGAGCUCAUGCGGUUGUAUCUGACGAUACACUCUGAUCAUGAAGGUGGAAACGUUUCUGCGCACACGACUCACUUGGUGGGCUCGGCGUUGUCUGAUCCUUACCUGUCUUUCGCGGCCGGUAUGAACGGUUUGGCUGGACCUCUUCAUGGUCUCGCAAACCAAGAGGUAUUAGUAUGGCUGGAGAAACUUCGUGCUCAAAUUGGAGAGAGCCCCAGCGACGAUAAGCUCAAAGAUUUCAUUUGGAACACCCUGAAGAGUGGUCAGGUCGUUCCUGGAUAUGGUCACGCCGUACUGAGAAAGACUGACCCCAGAUAUACGUGCCAGAGAGAAUUCGCGUUGAAACAUUUGCCGGACGACAAAUUAUUCAAGUUGGUUGCUCAAGUGUACAAAAUAGUUCCUCCCAUCCUUUUGGAAACCGGCAAGGUAAAGAACCCAUGGCCAAAUGUAGACGCGCAUUCAGGAGUUCUGUUACAAUACUAUGGAAUGAAGGAAAUGAAUUAUUAUACCGUCCUGUUUGGAGUAUCGCGUGCACUUGGUGUACUCGCAGCUCUCGUUUGGGAUCGUGCUCUUGGCCUACCGAUCGAAAGGCCCAAAUCUCUGAGCACCGAUCUUCUCAUGAAAAGCGUUAAAGCUUAAACAUCUUUAUUUAUGAAAAAAGGAAACGAACACACAAGACAGAAAAUCAGAAUCAUUAAAACUUUUAAGUUCGUGUCACACCAUUGUCAUGAUUUCAAAAGUAAAGAACUGACUGCUUUAUUAUCAUGUUAAAAAUGUUAUUAAUGCACGCUAAAGUGUAAUUUUACUCGAGCUCAUUUCGAAUUCAUUUCGCUAUGACUUCAAGGAAGUCUUUUUAAUUAAUGAAAUCUUAUUGAAAAGAUACGAGGCUAGGUAUUAAAAAAUGGUCAUCUCACGUAACGACGUAUUGAAAACGUAGACGUUCUAAAGCAAGAAAACGAUUUCGUGGUGCUUUGUAUCGUAAAAGCUCUUAUCUAUACUUUUUAAGUUCGCUAACAAUGCGAAUACUACGUAAAUGAGAUGAAGCUUUUAUGAUAUAAAGCCUUGUGUAAAAAAAAUAUAGUUUAAUUCGGUAUACAUAGUUCGAAUUGCCAAGCUCUUAAGUGAACAAUACAUUGACAGUAGACGCGAUUCAUUGUAAAUAUAUUUGUCGCUUUAUAUUUAACUUAAAUAGUAACAGUUUUAGAUGUAAAAGCGGUAAAUAUUAACGUAUGAAAAUUAGUAAAACAUUCAUUGUAAAAUUUAAGUGUGCGUAGUUAACGUUUUGAAGACAUUGUCUUGUAAAUUUGAUAGACACUGCCAAACAAAAUAUCAGAUGAUUGUAAAAUUUAAUUGGAUUGCAAUAAAUAUUUUUACUUUGGUCGUUACGAUAAAGUGAAAACUUAUUCCAUUAACCAAAAAAUUUACAAAAAAUAAUUAUUUUAGUAACCCAUGUAAAAUAGAAAAUGUAUAGGGCUAAUGAAAUAUGUAAACGACGUUGCAAUAUUAGCGCACCAGUUAUUGGUUUUAGAUUCAACAAAUACGACAGAAAAAUGGCUCAAAUAAAUCGAGUCAUUACAAUUCACAAGAAUUAAAAAAAUGACCAGUGGUAGAUCCACUGUUACGAGAAUGAGUGAGUGUGUGCGAUACUUUAUUUAUAACGAACGUAAAAAUAAACAUAUCUUCAAAAACUUAA